ACUUUUUAAGAUGAAUUUAUUGACACAAUAUUUGUGUAAACUUACCUUUUUUCAUCUGGACACAAUUCGUGUAUUAAAAAACAAUUUCCCAGGCACAACUCAUAUAACUAAAAAAAAGCCGUAAAACACAAUAAUAUUAUGUCUGGAACAACUAAUUUGUAGUCAUAUUAUACUCAUAUUAUUUUUAGACGGGUCUGCACUCUGUAGUAUUAAUUUCUACAGUAAAUUUCCCAAUAUACGCACUGGUACUUGAACUAAUGUUAACGAUUCUUAUACAGAGUAUUGACUCAUCAUAAAUCUACACGAUUAUUAUGUUGAUUUAAUGAGUCAAACAUCAUUGUAUGAACUUGUAUUAACCUCAACAUAGUUUAAACAAAAAUACACACUUGCACUUUGUGGUACAACAAGUAUAAAACACGGAACGUAAUUUUAAAUAUUUUAAGAUUUAUGAAUUACAGCGCUUAGUUUUUAUGCGCAUGCUUACCGAUAAGUUUGUUUUCAAAAUAUAAACGUAUUUCCAAAAUGUUUGACCGCAGUAAAUCGACAGUGGACCUCAAACGAUACAGUUAUAAUUCGGAACCGUACCUGAUAAUAGCGACUGUGCUUUACACGACAUCGCUGACGGUAUCUACUUCUCUUGAGAAUGAAGCUUACAGGAGGAAAUUCUGCCAACCGUUGAUUCCGUUCGGAGAAUGCCUAGUUGGUAUUUACGAAAGUCAACUCUUAGUGUAUUCAGAUACUAAAAUCUUACAGUAUUUAAUUUCUUUCGUAGUUUUAUUACUAGCAGGAGCAUGGAGUGACAGACAUGGAAGAAGACGUAAACCUUUGAUUUUCUUACCAAUCAUUGUACAGAUUUUAACAGAUGGAUUGAUUAUCUUAUCUUACUAUUGGUCUUGGCCUUUGACAUUUGAUGAUAUCAUAGUAUGGACAUUUCCUGCACUUUACGUUGGUCGAAAUAUGUUCUGGGUGGGCGUGAUGUCAUAUGUAUCGGAAAAUUCUACUAUUAAAUCAAGAACUUUAAAACAUGGAAUAAUAAUUGCAACCUAUCCUUUAAGUUUGUUAAUUGGCAAUGGUGUAGUUGUAUUAAUAGGAAUGUUCAUUCAAUUUAAAUAUUAUUAUGGUUUAUUGUUUUUGGUAUCAUUGUUGUUAAAUUUGAUUGCGUUAAUGGUUGUCAAGUUGUACAUUAAGGACACAUCUGACUCGUAUGAUAAAGACAUUAUAUGGCAGAAACCAAAAUAUGUUCUGAAAGAGUUCACUAGUUUAUUUGAAAAUAAAUUAAUUAAUUUAACUGUUGUAUUGAUGAUAUGCCAAUCAAUAUUAGUUACAAGAAUAGGAUGUGACUAUGAUUUAUUAAUGAUAUAUAUUAAACAUUCAAAUUAUUGGUAUAAUGAUGAAGAAGUUUAUUUUACCGUUUUAAAAAUGUUAGCCAUAUUUUUUGGAAUUGUGUUUUCGUCUUCUGUUUUAAGUCAUUGUAUGAAAAUAAACGAUUUAAAAAUUUGUAUUUUAUUUUGCUGCUUUUACAUUGCAGCUGCUAUAAGCUACAUUUUUCCAAAUCAAAUUUGGCAAAUUAUUAUGAUUGCAAUUAUUUAUUUAUGCCAUGGAACAGUGGUAACUAUUAUUAGUUCAAUAGUAUCUAAAUUAGUGGCAAUCGAUCAAUUAGGUCGAUUGAAUUCCAUUCAAAUGUGUAUGAACUCUUUGUUGACUCUUGGUGUAGUUUACGCUUAUCAAAUCGCAUUUGGUUACAUUAAUUAUACUAAAAUUGGACAUUUGUGUUUGAUCACUUUCUUGUAUGUCCUUUUAACUCUACCCAUAUUAUAUGUGUUUGUGAUUUUGUAUUCUAAGUACAAAGAUUUCUGGCAAAAUUAUACCGUUGCAGAAAAACAAAAAAAUGUAUACGUCAUAAGUCAAUAAAGUUUUGAUGUUAUCUAAUA